AUGACGAGAGUCAAGAACUCAGGGCUCAACGACGCAGCAGUCUCCCUCGCAGGCUGCACGGUUCUGAGAGCCUGCCUGCUUCAAUCACGUAUCAACCUCUGCGAUGAUGGCACUUGGGAUGCAUCGCAGUUCGAAUUCCAAGACGCGGAUGGGAUCGCAUACCAGCGAAUGGUCGGCGCAAAAGAACCAGAAGCCGAGAAAGAUAGCAGCAUUCCUGGGUAUUUGACACCAUAUUCUGGGGAGGAGGAAUGGGAAGGAAGAGCCAUUUGGCCAUCUUGGAGAAUGAUAUCAAAUCGAGCGCUCGUUUGA